GCUUUUUACUACAGUCACAGUCUGUUUUGAAGGCCAAACCAAAUAAUGCAAAGUUUCUAAAUAGCCAAUAAACUAGUGCUUAAAUUAUUUGAUUUACGCACUACACGAUAUGGAAUAUUGUAAUAUUACAUCCUAAAUAAAAAUCUGACAUUUGCUGACCAAUUAGGAUUACAUUUGCAAGAUCCAGUACUUAAUAUUCGAUGAUACCAGAUCGUGUACAGUCUAGGGCUUUCUUCAAACAACACCCCAGUAAAGACAAAAGACCUGUUCUUCAAACUUCGCGAGAAAGUAGCUGAUGGAUGAGGAAAGCGAAGAGGCAUGCCACACGAAGCGUCGACGUGCCUCAAGAGGCAUGUCACUAUUGCAUCUGCACAUGCCUCAAGUGGGACUGGUCACGUGGUCUAGCUGGUAUCCGUCAACCCCUUCGGUGGUGGUUACUGGUCCCCAAGGGGGUGGUGGUGUCGGUGGUGGAGGGGGAGGGACUAUGACGUCAUCGAGAAAGUUCAGUUUUGCCAGCCUGCGUCGGCUGUCCACCUCGACUCUUAACCGGAGUGACUCGAUGGUGUCCCUAUGCUACCGGGCCCUAUUCAACUAUAUCCAAGAUGAUAACAUUAUCGGACUGCAGACCUAUUUGGAGAAUAAGCGGGUGCUGGUAGAUGAUAGGGAUGAGAACGGUAUAACUGCACUUCAGUUUGCUGCGUUGAAGGGUAAACUCGCCAUUUGCCGAGAACUACUCAACCAUGGCGCUGAUGUCAAUUUGGAAGACAAUGAUAACUGGACAGCACUGCUGUGUGCAGCUAAGGAAGGCCACACUGAAAUCUGUGAGGAGCUUCUCAAUCAUGGAGCUAACAUUGAGCAAAGAGAUAUGGGAGGCUGGUCGUCACUUAUGUGGGCCACCUACAAGGGACACACGAGCACUGUGAGACUGCUGCUGGAUCGCAGUGCAGACGUGAACGCACACGGCAACUACCACAUAUCGUCACUGUUGUGGGCGGCCGGGCGAGGGCAUACGCACAUAUGUCGCAUGCUGGUCAAGCGAGGUGCCAAGGUCAAUGUCGGCGAUAAGUACGGCACAACAGCACUGACGUGGGCGUGUCGAAAGGGCAACCCGGAAAUAGUUGAAUGUCUUCUCAAAGCUGGGGCCAAUGUUGACACGGCUGGCAUGUACUCGUGGACACCCCUAUUAGUAGCCGCCAUGGGCAACCACGUUGAAGUGGUGAAUCAGCUGCUGGAGUAUAGGCCCAACAUCAAUGCACUAGACAAGGACGGAUGUACAGCAUUGACCAUUGUCUGCAAGGAGGGCUUUCACGAUAUUGCCGUCGCUUUGCUCAAUUCGGGCGCUUACAUUAAUAUUCAGGACCGUAGCGGUGAUACGAAUCUAAUUCAUGCUGUGAAGGGAGGUCAUCGUAGUGUGGUAGAAGCUCUACUAAAAAAAUAUGCUGACGUUGAUAUUCCUGGAAAGGAAAGGAAAACUGCCACUUAUACGGCAGUUGAAAAAGGAAACAUUCCAAUUCUGAAAUUACUAUUAGGUGCGAAUCCAGACUUGGAAAUAGCUACCAAGGACGGCGAUACCCCGCUGCUAAGAGCAGUCAGGUCUCGUAACACAGAGGCCGUUCAACUGUUGCUGGAGAAGAAGGCCAAAGUGUCGGCGUGUGAUAGGCGCGGAGACACCGCGCUGCAUGUCGCUAUGCGGGCUAGAAGCAAGGCCAUAGUCGAAGUGCUGCUAAGACAUCCGAAAAACAGUCAGCUGUUGUACAGGCCGAACCGGGCUGGAGAAACGCCUUACAACAUCGACAUGAACAACCAGAAAACGAUUUUGGGCCAGAUUUUCGGAGCCAGGAGACUGAACACCAAUGAGGACAAUGAGAAUCUGUUGGGCUACGAUUUGUAUAGCAGCGCCCUGGCCGAUAUCCUGAGUGAACCGUCGCUGUCAAUGCCCAUCACUGUCGGCCUCUAUGCCAAGUGGGGCAGUGGCAAAUCGUUUCUGCUCAACAAACUCAGAGAGGAGAUGAAGAACUUUGCCCGUCAAUGGGUGGACCCGACCUUCCAGUUCUCAUGGCUGCUUCUGGUGUUGCUCGCACACUUUGUGCUAAUUGUCGGCGUAAUUGUCACGCUAAUUGUCGGCAAUUGGAUGAUCGGCCUCGUGGUAACCAGUGCUAUUUUCCUACUUAUUUAUGCAUUCCUCGUUGUCAUCGGAUUCGGCAGUCAAAGGUAUAACUGGGACUGGCCUUAUAAUUUGAACGUGUAUCUGACUCAGAAGAUGAACGCCAUCAGAGUUGUGUUGCAAGUGAUGUUCUGCCAUCCACCAGGCAAGCAGUGGAGUGAUUCGUUAACAGCUCAGCCAAUCAGGUUCUACUUCACAGAUUUGACUCGAGUGAGUAGUACGACGGCUGGAGAGAACUCAGUGGUGCAGAUGAUUGGCUCCCUCUACGAUUCUAUUGAGAACGAUUACGGCGCACUCUCCACUAGGCUGUAUCGAGCCUUCCAGCCGAAGCCUUUGAAAUCGACAGCGAACUGGAGGUGGCGUAAACAGUGUUGUUUGCCGAAUGUGGUGAUGUUUGAAUUGUGCUUCCUUUGUGCGCUCGUUGCACUGUUUGUGCUCGCUGUCUACACGGUCGAUCUCAGGUAUCCCGAUAUCGUGAGCCCGGACGACCGUCUGACAGGGGAAGUGGUGCUGGUGUCGUGUGGUGCAGUGGUGGUGCUGUGCUUUGUGGCCAACAUCUACACUGUGGGCCGUCUGUUGGGCUCGCUGGUCUUCUCUCAGCGCCGACAACUGCAACGAGCCAUAUCCCGGCUGGACACGCUCAAGUCCGAGGGAUUUCUGCAGGCUCUGCGGGCGGAAGUCAGCCUUAUGACUGAGAUGGUGAAGUGCCUGGAUGCGUUCACACAGCAGCAGACGCGACUGGUGAUUGUGGUUGACGGCUUGGACAGCUGUGAACAGGACAAAGUGCUGAUUGUGCUCGAUGCCAUACAUGUGCUAUUCUCAGACGCCAACACUCCGUUCAUCAUCAUACUGGCCAUUGAUCCGCACAUCAUAUCAAAGGCAGUAGAGCUGAACAGCAAACGGCUGCUGACCGAGUCGAACAUAGGCGGCCAUGACUAUCUGCGCAACAUGGUGCAUCUGCCGUUCUAUCUGCAGAACUCGGCUCUGCGCAAAGUGAAAGUGGCUCAGAAGUCGGCGCAUCACCGUAAAUCGGUCACCACUCAGCCACCCUACGAGUCCAGCGAGGGGGCACCCAGCACCAGUGGGCUGGCACCGUCGGCGUCAAACCGUCGCCUGUCGACCGAGUCAGGCCUGAGCAGCCAGGAGAAACUGAAGCUGCCCAACCUGAGCGUGGCUCGCAAGGGUUCGCGCAAACUGAAGCUGAGCGAGAGCAUAGCAUCCAGCAUGGGCUCCAACCUGAACAGGGCGGGCGGGGCUCAUGACCUCACCAAGAUGCUGCUCACUGAUGACUAUUUCAGCGAUGUCAAUCCGAGGAGUAUGCGCCGGCUUAUGAACGUCGUCUACAUCACUGGGAUCACCAUGUUUAUGACACAUGAAACCGAAACAGCGUCAAACCGUCGCCUGUCGACCGAGUCAGGCCUGAGCAGCCAGGAGAAACUGAAGCUGCCCAACCUGAGCGUGGCUCGCAAGGGUUCGCGCAAACUGAAGCUGAGCGAGAGCAUAGCAUCCAGCAUGGGCUCCAACCUGAACAGGGCGGGCGGGGCUCAUGACCUCACCAAGAUGCUGCUCACUGAUGACUAUUUCAGCGAUUGCUAUAGGCUCUAUGACAAAGUUCGUCCGCAGAUUCCGAUGUCGAAAGAGGUAGAGCCACUGCUGGAGCUAGACAGAGAUGAACGCAAGUUCGACAUCUUUCUCUCCUACCAUCGCAGCAGUCUGCUGGUCAGCGACCUGCGUGUCUUCCUGCCGUUCACCAUCAACCUCGAUCCCUACAUCAAAAAGGUUAUCAAAGAAGACCAACAGAACCUGGAGGAAGCAGGCCUGAUGAGCCCGUUUGGGGCGGCUAGCGCAGGCGGGGCCGGUGCACCCCCUGGCAACCCCUGGCAACAGCCCCCUCUUGCCGCCCCGGGGGAGUCGUCGCUGUGGAAUCGCAAAGUGGGCGCACUCAGACGACAGAAGUCGCUGCAACGUCAUCAGGCCAAUGCGCAUGCCCAACAUAAUCAGGCUCCUCACAUCUAUGCCACCAAUCCGUGGCACCAACAGGUUAUUGCACCGUCUCCAGUUGUUCCUUCGUGGCCAGCUGAGGUUGUACAGCAGUCGAGGCCCCUCCACUACUUCCCUAUGGCACCCGCCAUUGCUCUACCGCCUCAUUUGUUUGAGUCUCGCCUAUCAGAGCUGAACGUGGACGGCGUUUGCGAUUUGAUGCUGAAAAUAGAAGACCUGCCCAAGCACAACGCACACAAGUACUUCCAAAUUGUUAAAUCCAACAACAUCUCUGGUCGUGUGCUGCUCUAUUGUGACAUGGAGGAUCUUAAGAAGGUUCUAAAUUCGUUGAAAACGCAGAACAUCGGAAUUUCGCAGACUGACAAGAGUGAGAGAGUAGUGACCAAGCAGAGCGUAAUGGAGAAACAGUAUCAGGUCACACUUGAAGAGCAGAUGAUUUGCGGCGCGCUGCAAACUCUCAACGAAGAGGCGUGCGAAGACGUCCUCGAGGAGAGCUCGUCGACAGCUGACGUGGCGGGGGUCGGAGAGACCCCUUCAGGGGGCCCCGCUUCGCUUCUCGUCCUGCCCGAACCAGAGCCAUUAAAUUUGGACCAGGUCAUCUUUGAUAUUACAUCUGAAAAUUGCGAGCAAGGAAGGCAUAGACAUAGAACCUCGAGCCAAGGUAGUUGCAUCUCAUUAGCCGAACAGAACGAGACAGAUGUUCUCAUUUUACAGCACUCCCCUCUGCACCCCACCAGCUGGACAGCCGCACCCUAUGAGAGUCAAAGCGAUUCGAGCUCGGUGGCCGAAGACACCCCUGUGCUACCGAGGAGGCAAAAGCCUGGCGAUUCAAAGACUCCAGCAGCCAACCCCAGACCUUCCUCGCUGUUGGUGGCCAUACCUGGAGAAGACGACUCCAGUGCACAGCAUUCUCCAGCGCUACGUUCCCUCUCGGCUGAUGAUGGAAAAACGACGUCAACUAAACAGUCAGUGUCACUGCUGGCAUCGUUUCUGGUGUCGAAAAAUGUGACCAGCGUCGCGGCGCCCUGCGUCACUGUUACGCCAGCCUGCAGUCUGGAGGCUCUAGCGCGCAUGCGCAACAACUAUAGGCAACAGGAGCAGUCUAGCGACGAUGAGAGCACGCCAUUGGUUAGUGAGAUGUCUUCCCCCACCACCACUUCGGCACUGACCACGCCCACCACAACCACCUCGUCGCAGCAGCCGGCAACAGCCAAUGGAGAGACAAAUCGCGGCUUUGGGGGCGGAGCUAGCGCCAUUGUAGCCUCGCCCACUUCACUGCGCUCGUCCAAUGACCGCACCUCGUCCAACGAGUCCAUCAGCAAGGUGUUGGAAAGCUGUGAAGAGUUGUACAACAAUUUGUCGCUGGUUGAGAGUCCAACGGGGGACCAGCAGCACUACACCAUGUCGCCACGUCUACAUGCGGCGUUGCCACGUCAGAACGCCGUCGAAACCGACGAUGACGCCACCAAGUGCACCUGGAACGACCCCGAAACCACCGUCUGAGUCAACCUAAUAUUUAUAUGCGAUACUUUGCUGACUUGUAAGUUUAGAAAUCAAGCAACUAGCAUGUAUGGUAAAAAGUUUGAAAUAACAACAGGUCUAAAGCUACUCAGAGAGAGAGAGUGUGUGUGUGAGAGAGAGAGUGAACAGUAAACUUGAAAUGAUAAUUUCAAAUACUGAAAACAAGACAAACUGAAAAAAUGACGUACUGAGAACUUGAUGAACUGUAAACUUGAAAAACUGAAAACUAUUAAAUGAUGUAACUGUAACUAUUGCUCUGUGGAAGCUUUUAUACGAUUGUAUAGGUUUCUUUAAACUUUAGCGAACAGUUGCUGAUUGAAAUCUCUCAUAUAACUGUACACAUUUCAAAAAUUACAAAAUACUGCUCUGUGAAUGCUUUUAUACCUCUCAUGAAGCGCAGCAACUUCAGUUACCCCCUAAGUAAUUGCUGUACCGUACUUACUGUAAUGUCUCCCUAAUCAAUUGUUGUACUGUACAAAAUCUGCCUUUGUUCACAGGCAAAUUCUCCUGUGUGAAAGCUUCUAUAUAAUUGCACAUGUUACAUAGCUGAUCAACGUUUAAAUGAGUUAAUGCUAUUUUAGAAUUGUAGAGGUUUCAUUAAUUAUAACGACCACCCCUGUGCUAAGGCUCAAAUAAAUGUGAUUGCAUGCUUUCAUAUGAUUGUAUACGUUUCAUAAGAGUCAAGUAUACCAAGAAAUGGAUAAAAUAUGAAAUUUAUGGUUAAUACUCCAUGUAAUGGAUUCAAAAUGUUGCUUUAGUUAGCGAAUCGGUGUUAUAUGUGUACUCUCCCACGUUUCAUAACCAAAGUUCCUCCUGUACACAAUCAUGUAUAUUCUAUAACUGAAGAAGCUCAUUUAUAUUAUCAAUGACUAUUUGAACUCUCCCAUGAGUAAAAAUUGUUUGCGACUAGAAACGUAUCAAUAUAAUUAUUGUAUAGAUUCCCUUACAAAAGCGAUGAGUGGCUUUAUCUAUGUAUACCUCUAUUUCAGUGUACUAUCUUCAAAAAUCGCUCAUUCACGUUGCUACAUGUGUAUGCUUCCAUUUGACUGUACAUAUUUAAUUCUAGACAAAAGUCGCUUUGCUGAGCGACUAGCCUUAUUGUAUUCGACGCUAGGAUUAUUUAUUAGGUGUACAUACAUGGUUUAACUAAUUAAUAGUAAAUCUGGUAAAAUAUAUGUUAUGAAUAUUGAGUAAGAUCCUAGUAGUUCAGCUUUGAAAUGCUCUAGGGCCCCCCGUUUGCACAAAAGCCGGUUAAAUUUUAAAUUUAAAUUUUUUGAUUAAUGUCACGAGAGCGAAUUAGAGAAGCCAUCUUUUCAAUAAAACCUUAUCUGAUUGGUUCUCGUGAAAUUAACCACGGUUAAAAUUUAACCGGCUUUUGGGCAACCGGGCCCUAGGAGUUGCAACCACUGUGUGAAGGAGCUAUUGAUGUAGAUGCGGUGACGAUAAUAUAGUUAUUGAUGUAGCCCACAGUCUCCACAGAUAAUUAUUACAAACUUGAAAUUAUUUUUGUAAAGCGAGAACAGUAUAAUGAAUUCAUUUGACUAUUUUUGAAUUGUUUGGAAGGCUGUAAACGUUGAAAUUAGCAUGUAUUUUGAAAAGCUGGGUGCUAUACUAUGAAAUUCUUGAUUUCAUGUUUGACAUACAUAGUAAAUAAUUGCAAAAACACAUGGUAAAUUGUAGAUAUAAAAUAUAGCUCUUGAAUGAUUUCUUUUCAUUCUAACACAUUUAUUUUAGAAAUUGAUGAAAUAUUUUGGAUGCUCUUCAAAUGUAAUAAUGUCUUCUAGACAUGGCUCCAGACAAAUGUAUAAAUUUAGUAAUCAAACUAAGUGCCGGUUACACAAAAAUUUUAACCGUGAUUAAUUCCACGAGAACCAAUCAGUGAAGUCAUCUGAUCAAAAAGACCUUCUCUGAUUGGUUCUAGUGAAAUUAAUAACUGUUAAAAUUUAACCGGCUUUUGUGCAACCGGGCCAAAGUGGAGCGGGCUAAAUCUGGUUUAAUAUUUCAUGUCACUACUCAGGUUAAAGAUUAUCGUACCAUCUAAUCUACAGAUAAUGAAUUUUUGUUGAACUUUCAAAUUGAAACCCUUACAUGAUGGAAACGAUUUACUAUUGUUGAAGUUGUAUGUUGUUGUCCUGUACUUAUAUCAUUUACUGAACUUCUCAUUUGAGAAUAUUGUUUGUACUUACUAAUUG